GUACGACCAUCCCUGUGCUGCCACGUGUACCUUCCCUCUAUGGCAACAUGCCUAUAUAAGCGGGGGGGUCCUCACGAUUUGUUCCAUUCAUAUUUGAAUUUCUCCAACUCUUGUCAUGCCACGCUCGGCCCCCACUCCCCCCGAUUCCAGUGAGAUGCGAGGGGAGACGCUUUCCUUUGGUAGCUAUUCCCUCGGGGGCUCUUCUGCCAUACCGACCAAAUCUGGGCCGAGCUCGACCCUGCCGCCCUCUCUGCGGGACUCUUGGGACUCGGACUCUGAGUUCGAGUCGGUGCACCCCGAUCCUUCUGCCAAGAUCCCGGGGUUCAUCUACUAUUCGUCGGAGGAGGACGAGAGGACCCUUUCUCCGUCGGCUCCGCCGGUCCGUCGUGAGGUCCUGUCGCCCGCGGUGGCCGAGGUCGCCGCCCUCCGGCUCCUCCCGCAGCAAUCCCAAGCGAGAGCUCCGUGGCAUCCCACCAUCCGAGCCGUUGCUCCCUUGAAGACCCAGGCUCGCCCAGCUAUGACGAGUCCACCGGGCACUCCGUCACGAGUCGGGCUCCUUCACCUUUUUACCCCCCACCUUGUCUUUGCGGGCGGGGGUGGAAUUGUGGCAUGCACUGAAGUCUACCCGUACUUUAAUUGCAAGGUGUUUAAUUGUUCCUUAAGGACUGCAUUCGGCUCUUCCCCUGAGGGGGAGUGCCGAGCACGAAGGAAGAGCAUCCGGACAUGGCCUGUGCUCGGCUCUUCUCCUGAGGGGGAGUGCAGAGCACGAAGGUUAGACCUUCAUCCGGGAAGAGCAUCCGGACAUAGUCUGCGCUCGGCUCUUCUACUGAGGAGUAGUGCCGAAUACGCAGGCCUCCAACUUCCGCUUCAGCCUGUCGACUAUCGUUCGGUUGGCGUUCUCGACCUGGCCGUUCGUCUGUGGGUACCCAACCGACGCAUAGCUGUGCUUGAUCCCCCAGCUCCCAAGGAAGUCGUUAAAGGGCUUGGACUCGAAUUGUGUCCCAUUAUCCGUGAUUAUGUGCUCGGGAACGCCGAAGCGGCAGAUGACUUGCUUUGCAAGAAACUUCUGGCAUUGAGCUCCGGUGAUACUUGCCAAUGGGGCUGCUUCCACCCACUUAGUAAAAUAGUCAAUGGCUACGAUGACAUACCUCACGUUCCCAGUGCCCCUAGGGAGUGCACCCACGAGAUUCAGCUCCGACCUCGCGAAUGGGAUGGCUGUGCUGAUGGGGGUGUAGUUGGUUGAAGGCCUCCCUGUUUCGUAUGAUUGAUUACGUGGUUUAUUUGUUUAUAAUUGAAUUGUGAUUUAUUUAUAUCUUAUGAUAAUAUUGGAAUUGAUUGAACGAGGAUGACCAGGUAUGUAUUCUUACUCUAAAUUGUGUGAUUUGCAUGACGGUAAGUGGAAGGUGGUUACACCCGCCACUAGGCCGCGAGUUGAGUUAUAUGAUUGGUUAUCUGAUCAUUGUUACCCCUCUUGUGUUAAUUAAAUGUAAUCAUGUUGUAAUUUGGAAGUAAAUAAGAAAUAGAGAUUUAUGUUGGAAUAAGUCUGAAUGGUAGAGAUGUUGUAAGUAAAUGGCUAAGUUACCUAGAGGAGCUCUAGGACUGCUUUAGCACAAUUGUAAGUAUAAAUGUCAAUAGAUAGGAUCAGCCCUGCGGAUCUGAUAUCCGACGGCUGCGGGUUAAAACGUACGUAUGGGAUCCAAGAACUGUCGUUCCGAAGGGGACAGGGGUACCACCCACCCAGCGGAGAACUCCUUCGUUGGUCAUCAAGUUGUGUUGUGUCAUAAGGUAUUAAAUAAAGUAGACUUGAGUCAUGGCCGUAGGUUGUGACUCUAAGUCCGAACAUCAGGUUGUAAAUAUAGAAGUAUGGACUUAGUCUGGUAAUUGUGUUAUGAGCUAUGAAUACAGAGGAAAUAAGGUAAUGAUUUGUGACUUGUGAAUUUAUUUGGUGACUGUUAUGUUCUAUUAUAUUGUAUACUUGUGUGCAUGAUAUUGUAUGGAGUUAUGAGCUAGUGGGUUCGUCUAUGUGCGUAGUCGAACGUUAGAUAGAUUCCACUCAGCUUCGAUGCUGAGCGUGUAGCCUUUUUCCUAUUUGCUACACGUAGGUAACAUGAAUGAUGAAUAAGGAACUAUCCUGGAGGGCAGCGAGGGCAGAGAGAUGGAUGGAUGCUGGCUGGAGGAGUUAUCU